ACGUCUUUCCGAUCCAGAUUUUCCCGGGAUUUUACGCAUGUGUUCACAUUCCAUGCACAAAAACAAUGUCCGAAAUAAUAGAAAUUCUUCCAAUUAUUACAUUCUCAAUUGAUAUUACAUGCUCCAGAAAUAAUCCAAUUCAAACAUCGACGAUUUUCGACGAUAAAGUAAUACAUUUAUACAUAUUCCAAAUGAUUAUCUACUGGUUGUUUACAAACGUCUGUUUCACCCCGAUAAGUUUUUUCCAUAAUAUGAGAAGACGUCGAUGUCGGUAAACAAUACAGAGGAAACGAUCACUAGGACGAAAUGAGCGAAGAAUAUGGUUCAAUGGCGCUGUGACCAUCAAUAUAUCGUUGUUAAACGUUCCUGGAUUAUGAUACAUUGAUUUACCAAAUGACGAGGAAUGUAAAAGAUUUGAAAAAAAUGUUGACAUUAAAUGUCUUUGAACUGAUGGGGAAACCAUACAUGUGGUAGUUGACAUCAGGAUGCAGCAUCCAAGUAGCCAGAAGCGUCUGGCCAGUUUGAGACAAGGAUGGGUCAAAGAAAAGGAUAAAACACUCCCAAGUAAACUCACAGAUGCUGUAUCAGAUCAGAAUACAAACAUACAAAUGGCCGCCUAUCGAGGCAAUAAGAACAGUAUGGACUUGGCUAUUGACCCAUUGAUCAGCUGUCGAUUAUGCCUGUCCGAGUGCACUCUCCCAGAAAUGUACGAACUGCAUGACUGCAAGUGCUUGUAUUGUGAAAAGUGUAUGAAACAAUACCUACAAGUGAUGAUAGUGGAGGGCAACAUUAUGGCCAUCACCUGUCCUGAUGCCACCUGUAAAAAACAAGGCCGCCUCGAGGCAUCUGAGAUUGCAAAUUUAGUGGAAGCCAAAUUGUUUGAUCGCUAUAAACGAUUACGACACCAAAGAGAGGUAGAUCUAGACCCUAAUCGAACUUUCUGUCCAGAGGCUGGAUGUGAAACAGUGUGUCAUGUAUGCAGUACAUCGAGUGGAGAAAGUUCCAAACCGAUCGCUGUUGACUGCCCAACUUGUGGACUGAAGUUCUGCUCCAUCUGUAAGUCUGGGUGGCACACAACCAAAACCUGUGAUGAGAUGAUGCUUAGCGGGAGAUUGGAGGAUGCUGGGAUUCCCUACAGUAGUGCAGAGGAUGCAUGUAUCAAGCGAUGUCCAGUGUGUCACGUGCCGAUAGAGAGAAAUGAUGGUUGUGCACAGAUGAUGUGCAAGAGAUGUAAACAUGUGUUCUGCUGGUACUGCUUGGCGUCACUUGAUGAUGACUUUUUGCUGAGACACUAUGACAAAGGGCCAUGUAAAAACAAGUUAGGACACUCCAGGGCCUCUGUCAUCUGGCACAGGACACAGGUAGUGGGUAUUUUUGCGGGGUUUGGUGUUCUACUCUUGGUUGCCUCCCCUUUCCUGCUGUUGGCUGCCCCUUGCAUUCUCUGUUGCAAGUGUAAGAUAUGUAAGUGCUGUGAAGAUGACGAUGAACCUCAGCCCCCAUUAUGACAUUCCAACGGGACAUCGCCAUGGUAGCCCAAGAUGUUUGGCUGAUGCUCAAGAAAGAAAUCCAAAGAGUUGAAUUUAUUUGCGAGUUACCUGUAGACAGGAACUCGAGUCCGCCAUGUGAUAGUAAGGAGGGUGAUACAAUGUGAUAUACAGUAAGAUGAUCAAUGCUUUUUGAGUAAGUGUAAUAUACGUUUUCUACAUAUAUUAUUUUUUCAAACUAAAUAUGAAUGAUCAUAUGUUCGUAUUAACGUGAUCUUAUUGUUCCCAAAGUGUAAUUGUACCUUAUAUGUGUUCUAUUCUUAACUUAAUAUCUGUUUAAGAAAUUUUUAUGUUAUUAAGUGUGUCUGAAUAUCGCAGAAAUCAAUAUCAUUUAUGACAUUAUUACAUGCGUACAUAGCAUGACAACUCAUGUUAAAGUAACCAACUGGAUGUUAGAAGUUUUUUUAUUUGUUUUUUGGCUUUAUGUGUAGAAAAUAUGGAAUUAUCUGCCAGAAACUGUAAUAUCUGUAUCAGCAGUGAAUUCUCAGGCAUUGGGCAGAUCAAGAACUUUCAUAGAAUUAUUGUAACAGAGUGCAUGAUCGGUUAAAUUUAAAUCACUGCCUCUACUAAGGAUCGAACUGGGACCUCUGACUUACUACUAGUCUUACGCUCAACCGAUCUAGCUAAAGAGAAGAUCUCCCUAGCUGAGUGGUAUAUUGCAGCUAGUAUUUACCAGGGCUACGUACUCCCCUCCAGGAUAGAAAUUGCCCUUGAAUUAUCCAGGUGUAACAACAAUGCUUAUGCAAGUAGCGAUGAGUAUAAUUCUCGAGUCUCUACAUGAGGAAGAAGAUCUCUCUAGCCCAGUGGUAUAUUGCAACUUGUAUUUACCAGGGUUACAUUAUUAAUCAGAAAUUCUAUAGAAAUUGGGACUGAAACAAUUGAUUCAUUUUUUCUGGUGUAGAGGAUCUUCAUUAAACCAGGAAUAAAAUUAACUCCAAAUUCUUCAUUGGUUUAGGAGUCUGAUAGCUCCAGAAAUUUUG